AUGAAUCCAAUAGAAAAUUUGUGGUAUUUUCUAAAGAUUAAGGUCAAUGAAAGAGGACUAAAGAAUAUGAAAGAUUUAGAAAAGUUGUUGAAGAAGAAUGGUAUAAAAUACCAAAAGUACUCUGUGAAAGACUUUUUUGUUCACUUCCAAAAAAAGUUGAAGAAUUUUUUAAAUCUAAAGGAAGAAAUACAAUGUAUUAAAAUAAACUGUCUCAUUUAUUUUUUCCACUUUAAAAUUUUUUUUCACAACAUGUAUUUUUUUUAA